UUUAUUCAGUCGCCGUAGAUUUGGUGGUAACCUUCAGUCGAAUCCGACGCGCCGGCUGAACAACAUCAACAAUAUGAGGCUUCAAUUUAUUUUAAUAGGAUUGUUUACAGUUUGUUUAGUGAAAACAACGGAAUGUGCGAGAAUUUUAGGUGCUUUUCCCAUGCCUGGGCAGAGCCAUUAUAUCCUGGCUUCAAAAUUAAUGAAAGGAUUGGUGAAGGCAGGCCAUGACGUUACUAUGAUUAGCCCUUAUGAGAUGAAAGAUGUUCCUAAGGGAGGAAAAUACACAGAUAUUGUACUGGAUGGAGUUGCAGAACAAUUUGCUAAAUCUAUGAAGCAAUAUGACUUAUUUAGCAUGCUCAACAUGAAUCCACUUCAACUGUUAACAACUAUGACAAAUAUGUUUGCGGAAUCAACUAAUGCGGCUUUGCACAAUGACAAAAUUAAGAAGAUGUUCAAUGCUAACCAGAAAUUUGAUGCCGUAAUUCUUGAGCAAUUCAGUAACGAUGCUCUAAAAGUUUUCGGCCAUAUUUUUGACUGCCCUGUUAUAGUAUUAAGCAGUAUGGGAGCAAAUGCGUUUGUUAAUCCACUAGUUGGCAAUCCACAACCGGUUGCCUAUGCUGGUCAUUAUUUACUGGGAGAUAUUUCAAAUGAUUUAUCUAUCAAAAAUAGAGCCUUAAAUCUGCUUUUUCACGUGCAAGAUUUUCUUGUGACAAACUACUAUGUUUUGCCCAAGCAUGAUGAAAUCAUUAGGAAAAUAUUUCCGAACGCACCUUCCAUUUACGACCUGAAUACUAAUGUAUCUUUAGUGCUACUUAAUUGCCACACCAGCCUUUAUCCAGCUUUACCUUUGGUCCCUAACAUGGUUGAAAUCGGAGGUUAUUUUAUUGAUCCACCCAAGAAGCUCCCAGAAGACCUGCAGCAGAUACUUGACAGCGCUAAAGAAGGACUUGUAUAUUUUAGUAUGGGCUCUAACUUAAAAAGCAAAGAUUUACCUAAAGAAAAGAGACAAGCUCUGUUAAAGGCUUUUGGAAAACUGAAGCAAAAAGUGUUGUGGAAGUUUGAAGAAGACUUGCCUGAUAAACCUCCAAAUGUCGUUAUUAGGAGUUGGUUGCCCCAACAAGAUGUUUUAGCUCAUCCGAACGUUAAACUUUUCAUUACACAUGGAGGACUUCUUAGUACCACUGAAACAAUCUACCAUGGCGUGCCAGUUCUUGCUAUUCCAGUAUUUGGGGAUCAAAACCUCAAUGCCGACCUAGCUGUUUCCAAAGGAUUUGGAUUAAAACUGCCAUAUAGUAGUCCCGAUUUUAAUGAGGAAACUUUAUCGAGACUUUUAAAUGAGCUGCUAGGCAACCUAAAAUAUUUAAAAAAUGCGAAAAUUAGAUCAAAACUUUACCACGAUAGAACAAUGAAGCCUAUGGAUACUGCAGUAUACUGGAUUGAAUACGUCAUCAGACAUCGCGGAGCCACUCACUUAAGGGUUGCAGGAAUUAGGUUACCAUGGUAUAAAUACUUUAUGGUAGAUGUUUUGUCUAUUAUCAUCAUCUGCGCUGUUGUGGCUUAUAUGGCAUUGAAAUUUGUAAUUAAAAAAAUUUGUUGUAAAAGGCGUCAGACGAAACAAAAGACCAGUUAAAAAAACUAGUUUUAAGUAGACCUCUAGGCUGUAAUAUUUGUCAUUAGUUGAUAUUGUAAUAUCAUGUAUCACUAUUUAUUCAUUGGAAAAACAUUGUUGGUGUUAUGGAAUUCACAAAGGCAUUUAUUUUGUUUCUGAAAUAUGUUUAGGCUACACACAGAAAAUAGCUUUAGGUUAUUUUAAGAAAUUCUUUUACUCAUUUAUGGUACUUUGGCUUUUUCCAUUGACAUCUUCCUUAUAAAUGCAUUAUUUGAAGAUAAUUUGUGAUUAAAGAGUUAAUAUUA